UUCUAGAGCCCCAGAACGUUGACCCCUCUAUGAUCCAGAUGACCUUUCUGGACGAUGUGGUCCACUCUCUGCUGAAAGGAGAGAACAUCGGUAUCCAGUCCCGACGCAGGUCCCGUUCCAACCAGAACAACUCUGCCCACGGUCACUACACCCGCGCCCAAGCCAACAGCCCCAGACCAGUCAUGAACUCCUCUGGCGGGGCGGUGAAGCAGGGGUCAGGGGUCACCACCCAGCAGGGUCAAGUUCAGGGCGGGUCCCAGAGCCAGCAGGCCCCAGCGCAGCACUCCCCUUGCCAGGAACAGAUGCAGCACCGCGGACCUGGCUUCUCCAGGAGGAAGGGAUCUGACAGCAGUGUCCCUGAUGAUGACUUCAAGGGAGACGACGUGGACUGUAACGAGAGAGCGGGGAGAGGAGACUUCUUUAAAAGUACGAGCAGCAAGCAGGUGGCUGUGAACAAGCGGAGGAAAGCGGAGGAGGAGGAGGAGGAUGAAGAGGAGAAGAAAUCAGGUUUGAAAAGACUGAGAAGCGAGACUACAGUGAGGUCUGACUUCUCUGAGAGCAGUGACUCUGAGAUGUCUACCAAGAGAACCAGGACGGCAGACUCCUCCUCUUCCUCAGAGCAGAACUCAGAGGAGAAGCUAAAAGGAAAGACCGGCCAGGAGGGGCACAAGACCCAGGGUUCUAAGACUGGGAAGGAGUCUGCUCUGACAGGCAGUCUCUCCCCCUGGGGUGAGGAGCUUCAGAAGGCGGAGUUUCAGCAGUCAUCAGCCGACAGGGAGCAGAGGUCAUCCCUACGACAACCUCAACGACAGGGGGAAUGGUCUCCACUGCAACAGCAGCAGGCCCCUCCCCUGUCCUCCUCCUCCCAGGGCUCUGCCCCUCUGAGGGCCAAGGGGAGUCAGACAUUUGGUGCUGAACCCUCUGUUGCCCCUCCCUCUCCCCUUCGUAAGAGCCACUCGGAGUGUGACCUUAGGAACCAGAUUCCCUCAGUGUUAGAGUGUGACCUUAGGAACCAGACUCCCUCAGUGUCAGAGUGUGACCUUAGGAACCAGACUCCCUCAGUGUCAGAGUGUGACCUUAGGAACCAGACUCCCUCAGUGUCAGAGUGUGACCUUAGGAACCAGACUCCCUCAGUGUCAGAGUGUGACCUUAGGAACCAGACUCCCUCAGUGUCAGAGUGUGACCUUAGGAACCAGACUCCCUCAGUGUCAGAGUGUGACCUUAGGAACCAGACUCCCUCAGUGUCAGAGUGUGACCUUAGGAACCAGACUCCCUCAGUGUCAGAGUGUGACCUUAGGAACCAGACUCCCUCAGUGUCAGAGUGUGCCCUUAGGAACCAGACUCCCUCAGUGUCAGAGUGUGACCUUAGGAACCAGACUCCCUCAGUGUCAGAGUGUGACCUUAGGAACCAGACUCCCUCAGUGUCAGAGUGUGACCUUAGGAACCAGACUCCCUCAGUGUCAGAGUGUGCCCUUAGGAACCAGACUCCCUCAGUGUCAGAGUGUGACCUUAGGAACCAGACUCCCUCAGUGUCAGAGUGUGACCUUAGGAACCAGACUCCCUCAGUGUCAGAGUGUGACCUUAGGAACCAGACUCCCUCAGUGUCAGAGUGUGACCUUAGGAACCAGACUCCCUCAGUGUCAGAGUGUGACCUUAGGAACCAGACUCCCUCAGUGUCAGAGUGUGACCUUAGGAACCAGACUCCCUCAGUGUCAGAAUGUGACCUUAGGAACCAGACUUCCUCAGUGUGUAGGAAGCCGGAGGUAAAGCAUGACAUAGCUGGCAGCCUGGGCAGUAAGAUGGGGUUAGUCCAUUCAGUGGUGAUCAGACCUAUGGCAUCAGUCAGUGAGUCUGCUGCUGUAGUAGAGAGAGAGAAGCAGCUAUAUUCCUCCAUGCUGCCCUGCAUUAAGAACGCCUCAUUGGCCGACGAGGCCAGGAAGUCGUACAAGCUAAGCCCCUCCCCUGAUGUCCCCAAGCCCCUCCCCUCCCCAGAGGCCAUGAAGCCGAAGCCCCUCUGCUCCCCUGACAUCGUCAAGUCUAAAACACAGAGUGUUCUGGAGACUUGUUCUAAACCCAAACCCCUCACCUCCCCAGAGGUGUCCAAGCAUAAAGGCCGUUACCCGGACAACACCCCUCGCUCCAGCUUUAAGCCCGUCCUGGCCCGAGGGACUGAGUCGCCAGGAUCUUGCACUAAGAGCCCGCUAAUCAUUGAUAAGAACGAGCAUUUCACCGUGUACCGGGACCCUGCGCUUGUCCGUCCCAACCAGGAGACCAACCACGUGUCCUAUCUGCACCCCCAGCUCCACCCCCUCCAUGCCUCCUCCCACGCCUCCUGCCUCACCCCCUCUUCCACCCACCACCACACAUCCCACUCCCACCACCACCUUCUCUCCGGGGUGCUCUCUGGCCUGCCUCCAGGCCCCUUGCUGGGGGGUCAUCCCCGACUAGACUCCUCAGGGCUGGGGCACCUGGGACUAGCUCAUCACCACCCUGUCUCUCAGCCCCAGACACACAGCCACACCUCAGCCUCAUACAACCAGCUGGGGCUGUAUCCAAUCAUCUGGCAGUACCCCAAUGAGACCCACUCCUAUCCCCCCAGACUCAACCUGCCCGGGUCCAAGUGGGUGCACCCUGAAAACCCUGUCAGCUCUGAGACCAACAUGAGGAAGAACACGGCCAGCCCUUGGCUACACCACCAGGUCCCUGUCUCCUCCUCUGACAGCCUGGACCAACUGAGCCACGUCCCGGUCCCCAUCCGACCAGCCAGCGCCGACCCUCACCGGUCCGACCCCCAUCCCCACCGUUCAGAACCACACCGCUCGGACCCCCACCGGCUCAUCAAGAUCAACCCCCACGCCAGCCCCCCUCUGCCACCGGCCAAGACCGCUGGAGAUCUUCACCGGGAGGAUUUGAAGGGUUUUGUGGACCCCAUCAGAACCAUCACUCUGGCCCACCUGAAGCAGGAGCAGGACCGCAGCAGAACCCCGACCGGGAAGGACAGUCACCUGCACCAGCUCUACCUGGAGGCCCGUAAUAAACAACAGCAGCAGAGGAUGGCCCAGCAGCAACAACAGGAAGCAGGGCAGAGGGACCGGGCCAGUCAGUAUAAGGAGGAGAACAGACGGAUCCUCCAGGAGAGCAUUGAGGUGGCCCCCUUCACCGCUAAGAUCCGCUCCAGUGAGACCGACAGGGAGCCUAACCCCUACCCGAUCCCCUCGCUCCCCUCCCUGCCCCACCCCUACCCCCGGAUCCCCUCGCUCCCCUCCCUGCCCCACCCCUACCCCCGGAUCCCCUCGCUCCCCUCCCUGCCCCACCCCCAGCGCCUCCACCAGGAGAAGGAAACGGAGCCCCCUGCUGCAGACCUGUAUAAGUUUAAACAGCAGUCCCAGCACAGUCCGCCCCCCAGUAACUACUUCACUACCCUGUCCAACAGUGUGGUCAACGAGCCACCGCGUCUCUACCCCUCUAAAGAGCUCAACUCAUACUUUGACAAGGGGAGCAGGGAGCAGGAGUCUGCAGCAGCCUCUAGUCUCUCUCUGGGAGGAGGGGCAGCGUUCAGCUCCAAGUCCCUGUCCAAACCCCCUCCUCUCAUCAAACACCAGGCUGAUGGGGAGGGUCUGCUAGGGAAGAUAUCAGAGCAGCUGAACCAGCAGGUAAGCCUAUCCAACAUGCAGAGGUAUCGUCUCAGUACCAUAGUCAGCCCGGUUAGUCCAGACCUCUCGCCUUCCUCCAGUCAGAGUCAGACCCAGAGCCAGACCCGAACCCACUGUCAGACCCAGAGUCAGACCCAGAGCCAGACCCGAACCCACUGUCAGAGCCAGAGUCAGACCCAGAGCCAGACCCGAACCCACUGUCAGAGCCAGAGUCAGACCCAGAGCCAGACCCGAACCCACUGUCAGAGCCAGAGUCAGACCCAGAGCCAGACCCGAACCCACUGUCAGAGCCAGAGUCAGACCCAGAGCCAGACCCGAACCCACUGUCAGACCCAGAAACAGAGCCAGAGUCAGACCCAGAGCCAGACCCGAACCCACUGUCAGACCCAAGCCCAACUAAGGUGUAUGCCAGCACUGCACCGUGCCCCUGUGUUCCACCCUCCUAUCCAGCAGACACUGGACAGGAAGGAGGCGGGCUACGGCCGCUUGUCUCCACCCACCCUGACCCCCAUCCAGCCAGUCAGCUCGGCCGGUAAGGUGUCUGAGCAGCAGAAACCGCCCACCCUUCUGCCCGAGCUACGGGAGGUCAGCGCCGUGUGUAAGGGCGGGGCAGCGAUGACCUCAUCCGAGGUGUGCCGAGUCGGCGACUCUCAGAGCCACGACAAGCUGGGAUGGCAUUCUGAGAGGAGUCCCGGCAGGAAGCCUGGGGCCACCACGGCGUCUGUUAUUGUCCGUCCCUCGACGUGUAUAAAGUACGACGGCUCGCCAGGCGCCAAGACCUCUUCCUCGGCCAAGGACUCUCUGACGGGGAGGAUGUUCCCAGGCGGCAGGCCUCAGACAGUCUGUCUGAAACUGGCCUAUGAGAGAGACAGGGAGUCUGGAGGGAAGGUGAUCCUGCCAAACACUAACUUGGAGGAGGCUGUUUGCGUGCAGCAGUACAAUAACAACUUUAUGAGAGUGCCCCAGUCUCAGGGAACCUUUCCAGUCUCUGUCUCGGCUGCUGCCAACUCUGUGUGCAAUAGGAGUAGUGAUGUGACUAGGGCAGACUCCAACAUGGCUCCCUACGGUGUGCUGAGUAGAAGACAAGAGAGAACCUACUGUGGGCCCAACACCUCCAGCGCUAGCAGGACAGAGAGCUGUGGCCCUCGGGGCAGGGCCUUCCACUCAGGGCCUGGGUUAGAACCAAGGGCCGAGCUCCAGCAACAGGAGGGGAGCUCCUCCAGAACCUCAUCCCCCAACCUGCACCCCGGCCCCAGCCUGGCCAGCCGCACCCAGGCCUCUCCCAACCCCAGCCAGUCCUACUAUGGGAGCUUUAUCCAUCUGAAGAAACACAAGGCAGCGUUGGCAGCAGCCCAGCAGUCCAGAGGUCCUAGCAGCAGCCCCAGUGGUAGUGGUCCUGAGAGCCUGAUUGAGCCAUCUAACAGUAAAGCUCUUCACAUCUCCCCUCCACCUCCCCUUGCCUCGGCCUCAGCCCAGAACCACAGAACCACAGAAAGCCCAGGAGCUAGCCCCAGCCCUGGCCCCCUCCCCAAUGGCCAGCCAGCCCAGAUGAACCAGAGCCAGUCUCAACCCAACUACCACAAGCUGAAGAAGGCCUGGCUCACCAGACACUCCGAGGAGGACAGAAACAUAAACACUAUGAUGAAAACAGAGGAGGCUGAUAAGUCUGUUACCACCACUGUGAGCCCCUCUGUGUCCAAGUCUGUUACCACCACUGUGAGCCCCUCUGUGUCCAAGGCUGUUACCACCACUGUGAGCCCCUCUGUGUCCAAGGCUGUUACCACCACUGUGAGCCCCUCUGUGUCCAAGUCUGUUACCACCACUGUGAGCCCCUCUGUGUCCAAGUCUGUUACCACCACUGUGAGCCCCUCUGUGUCCAAGGCUGUUACCACCACUGUGAGCCCCUCUGUGUCGAAGGUUGUUACCACCACUGUGAGUGAGCCCCUCUGUGUCCAAGGCUGUUACCACCACUCCCCCUCUGUGUCGAAGGUUGUUACCACCACUGUGAGCCCCUCUGUGUCGAAGGUUGUUACCACCACUGUGAGCCCCUCUGUGUCCAAGGCUGUUACCACCACUGUGAGCCCCUCUGUGUCUGAGAUGGAGAUGAUCAAGCCUUGCACCGUCACUCUGAUUGCCUCUACCUCCAGUGAUGUGGAGAUGAAGAUAGAAGAGGUCAAAGGUCAGGAGGACAAGAUGGCCGCUGAGGACAGGAAUACGCGGCGUGGGAGCAAGAGGGUGUACGACCACGACUCGGCCUCAGAGAGCGGAGAGGACUCUGACGCCAGCGAGAGCAGCAAGCAGGAGCAGAGGGCGAAGAGGCAGCCCAAACCCACAUACAAGAAGAAACAGAACGACAUGCGCAGGAGGAGAGGAGACGGAGAGAAAGAUGAGGAUGAGCUGAAACCCAACGGGAUCUUUAGGAGCGCCAGGGAGAAGACCAAACUGAAACUGUCCAGCAACAAUGGUAUCCCCCGCUCUGUGCUGAAGGACUGGAGGAAGGUGAAGAAGCUGAAGCAGACGGGGGAGUCGUUCCUGCAGGAUGACUCGUGCUCCGAGAUUGGACCCAACCUGCAGAAGUGUCGGGAGUGUCGUGUUGUUCGCAGCAAGAAGGGGGAGCAGCCGGCUCAUUCCCCUGUCUUCUGCCGCUUCUACUACUUCCGCCGCCUGUCCUACAGUAAGAAUGGAGUGAUCCGUGUGGACGGCUUCUCCACCCCAGAUCAGUUUGAUGAGGAGGCUCUGUCCCUCUGGGCUCCUGAUGUAUACGAGGAGAAUGAGUUGGACCCGGACUCCUCCAAGUACAUCCUCUCAUAUAUAGGAGACCAGUUUUGUCAGAUGGUCACCACUGAGAACACUGCUGCUACAUGGAUCAAAAAAGAUGCCAAGAUGGCCUGGAAGAGGGCAGUGAGAGGGGUCCGGGAGAUGUGUGACGCGUGUGAAGCCACCUUGUUUAAUAUUCACUGGGUCUGCCACAAAUGUGGCUUCGUGGUUUGUCUGGACUGUUACAAGGCAAAGGAGAGGAAGACCUCCAAAGACAAAGAGCUGUACGCCUGGCUGAAGUGUGUCAAGGGACAGCAGCAUGGUCACAAGUACUUGAUGCCAACUCAGAUUAUCCCAGGAACUGUUCUGACAGAGGUGGUGAGCGCCAUGCAUCUGUUCAGGGAGAAGUACAGCAUCAGGUCUCCCUGUGUCUGUACUGGGAAACACAACCCUCUACUCAGCAAGAUGCCUGCUACCAACGGAGUCUCUCAGGUUCUCCAGAACGUGUUAAACCACAGCAACAAGAUCUCUCUAUGUAACGUGAAGACAGAGACUGGGCAGCUGAACCCCAUCCAGGGUAAAGCUGAGACUAACGGAGGCUCCAGCCCUGCCUCGGACCCCUCCUCUGACUCCAAACUACCCCCGGAGUCCCAGAGCCCUCUCCACUUCCUGGCUGACCUGACUGAACAGAAGUCACGGGAAGACAAGAAAGAAAACAAGGAGUCUCCUCUGGGUAAGGUGGGCAAGGAGGAGAAGGUCAGUAGCCUGGAGUCUCUCCACUGUAAAGCGUCUAGCCUGGUGUCUAACAUCACAGAACAAGGCUCUACUCUAAGAGACCUCCUGACGACCACCGCUGGUAAACUCCGUCUGGGCUCUACUGAUGCUGGCAUGGCCUUCGCUCCUGUAUACUCCACCGCAGCACAGAUGGGGAAGAGCGGCCGUAGCAUGCCCAACAUCCUGGAUGACAUCAUCGCGUCCGUGGUGGAGAACAAAAUCCCUGCCGGCCGAGGAGCCAAGCUGAGUCUGAAGCUGGAGGCCACCACCACCACCACAGAGGACAGGGAGGUGAAGACAGAGAGGAUCGAGAGGAAGAAGCAGCCUGGGACAGGGACAGGUCCUAACCCUGGGACGGGGACAGGUCCUAACCCUGGGACGGGGACAGGUCCUAACCCUGGGACGGGGACAGAAGAGCUUCCUGUACCCAAGCCUCAGCUAGAGAAGGCCCUGCAGCUCCAUGCUGACAUCCCCCACUGCUGGUUGUAUGAUCGCAGACUGCUCUGGCUGAAAGACCAUCGACACCCUGGCAACUGGAAGCUGUUCAGAGAGUGUUGGAGACAGGGACAGCCUGUCCUGGUGACUGGGCUCCAUAAGCCUCUGAAUGCAGCUCUGUGGAAGGCAGACAGCUUCAACCUGGAGUUUGCUGACCAUCAGGGAGACCUGCUGAACUGUAAAGAUGGACUUGUCUCGAACUCUGGAAUCAACGAGUUCUGGGACGGCUUCGAGGACCUCACCAAGAGACCCAAGUCUAAAGACGGAGACACCGUGGUGUACAGGCUGAAGGACUGGCCAUCAGGAGAGGAGUUCAUGGCCCUGAUGCCUUCCAGGUAUGAUGACCUGAUGAGGAAUCUGCCCCUGCCUGAGUAUUGUGACCCUGAAGGGAACCUCAACCUGGCCUCUCAUCUACCCAGCUUCUUCGUACGCCCAGACCUCGGACCACGCCUCUGCUGUGCUUAUGGUACGAGCGUUCAUUUAACAUCGACCAGGCCUCAGGACUUUGGGACAGCUAACCUUAACAUGGAGGUCUCUGACAUCGUCUCUGUCCUGGUGUACGUAGGAGUGGCCAAGGGGAACGGAGUCCUGUCCAAGACGGGAGUGUUGAAGAGACUGGAGGAGGAAGACUUGGACGACAGCGUGAAGAAGAGAUUAAAGGAUUCCAGUGAGACGCCUGGAGCCUUGUGGCACAUCUACAUUAGCAAAGAUGUGGAGAAAAUUAAAGACUUUCUGCACAAGGUUGCUAAGGAGCAGGCGGAGAUUUCAGCAGAGCACGACCCAAUCAGAGAGCCGGGCCGGUACCUGAGCAGGAAGUUGCGUCAGCGUCUGUGGGAGGAGCAUGAUGUGCAGGGCUUGACCGUGGUUCAGUUCCUGGGGGACUCGGUCCUCAUCCCGCCGGGGCUGCACCAGGUGCAGAACCUUCACAGUUGUGUCCAGGUGAUAAAUGACUUUGUGUCUCCAGAGCAUGUAUUCCACUCCUUCCACCUGACACAGGAACUGAGGUCCUCCAGAGAAGAGCCCAACUACGAAGAUAAACUACAGGUAAAGAACAUCUUGUUCCACUCUGUGAAGGAUGCAUUGACGUCGCUGAGGAGGUACAGCCAGGAGGAGGAAGAGAACUCCUGACCCGUAGUCCCCCUGGCUCCUCCCUCUCUGGCGCCUCCCUCUCUGGCGCCUCCCUCUCUGGCGCCUCCCUCCCUGGCGCCUCCCUCUCUGGCGCCUCCCUCUCUGGCGCCUCCCUCCCUGGCGCCUCCCUCUCUGGCGCCUCCCUCCCUGGCGCCUCCCUCCCUGGCGCCUCCCUCCCUGGCGCCUCCCUCUCUGAGACAUCUUCCUUCAGCCUGGAACAGAUAUAUACACACUGACACUAACCACAACAGCAGAACACACUACAACACACUAAAACUACAUGUUACUGACCAGCAUCACUACACAGCAUCAGGAUACUGACCAUAGCAGCAUCACCACCCAGCAUCAGGGUACUGACCAUAGCAGCAUCAGGAUACUGACCACAGCAGCAUCACCACCCAGCAUCAGGAUACUGACCACAGCAGCAUCACCACCCAGCAUCAGGGUACUGACCAUAGCAGCAUCAGGAUACUGACCACAGCAGCAUCACCACCCAGCAUCAGGGUACUGACCAUAGCAGCAUCAGGAUACUGACCAUAGCAGCAUCAGGAUACUGACCAUAGCAGCAUCACCACCCAGCAUCAGGAUACUGACCACAGCAGCAUCACCACCCAGCAUCAGGAUACUGACCAUAGCAGCAUCAGGAUACUGACCAUAGCAGCAUCAGGAUACUGACCAUAGCAGCAUCAGGAUACUGACCAUAGCAGCAUCACCACCCAGCAUCAGGGUACUGACCAUAGCAGCAUCACCACCCAGCAUCAGGAUACUGACCAUAGCAGCAUCACCACCCAGCAUCAGGAUACUGACCAUAGCAGCAUCACCACCCAGCAUCAGGAUACUGACCAUAGCAGCAUCACCACCCAGCAUCAGGAUACUGACCAUAGCAGCAUCACCACCCAGCAUCAGGGUACUGACCAUAGCAGCAUCACCACCCAGCAUCAGGAUACUGACCAUAGCAGCAUCACCACCCAGCAUCAGGAUACUGACCAUAGCAGCAUCACCACCCAGCAUCAGGAUACUGACCAUAGCAGCAUCACCACCCAGCAUCAGGAUACUGACCAUAGCAGCAUCACUACACAGCAUCAGGAUACUGACCAUAGCAG